ACAUCACCUAAUCACUCUCUUCCACCAACUUCACUGACUCUAAGACGUCAUUUUUCUGAAACACCUGUCGCUGAGCAUACCUCGGAUUACUUACCAAUAUCUUUGGCGCAGAGUUUCCUGGAGUCUGUGCACUCUUAUACCAAUCUGCCUUGGUGGUGUACAAUUGUACUGACUUGUGUUGGACUGCGGUCUGUGAUUACGUUGCCGUUGGCUGUGUAUCAGAAUAAACUCAUCACCAAGAUAGAAUUACUGCAACCUACAUUGAAAGAAUUAACGGAAGCACUGAAGCAUCGUGUCACAAUCGAAUCAAGAAAUAAAGGAUUGUCAUCACAGGCAGCCAAUAAAGUAUUCAAGAAGCAG